AAGUGUGCUGAGGGUCAAGGAGUCGAGUCAGAGAGUGAGGAUGGGUUCUUGUUGGACGAGUUUGAGAAGGCGCUCCCGGUUCUCCAGAAUAUGGCACGUGUUGAUCGAGAAGGGGAGGAAGACGAAAGUAAUGAGUUUAAUGGGGAUGCUGAAGAAAGUGAGCAUGAUGAUGCCCCUUCAUAUCAGUUGGAUGUAGGGGAAAAGCGCAUGAUGGACCCCAACUAUGUGUUUUGUCCGGAGGCUCAUCGCCGUCAGAUUCUCAGGUUAUUCAUUCAUCAUCUGUGCCGACAUCCCUUCUUCCCAAUGACUUCUGGCUCAUUUCAAACCAAGGAAGAAAUCCAACGUGCCUCUGUAUAUCAAAUGUAUACAUUCUGCCGUGAACGUGGCCUUGCCGAGGUUUGGGCAUACUUGUGGAACUCUUGGUACUCUUGUUGGGAUCUCUGGGCACGCUCAUCCAGUGGGACUCGUCUUUCACGUGUGCGCACAACAAUGAUCACCGAAAAUCAUUGGAAACGUCUCAAGCAUGGAUAUCUUCGGUUCAAAACUCGCUCCCCUCUUGACCAGACAGUAUUCAUUAUCACAUACUCGACAAUAAAUUCCUCCAUUUAUUCAUCUAAUGUGCUAGAACCCGAUUAUCGAAUUGGACGGAGCCGUGCUCUUACCAGCUGGCAACGUGCCUUCAAGACUGCAUGGAAUGAUUUGUCAAAAAAGCAGCUCAGCAGUCGUGACUAUCACACGGAUGUUCUCAGCUGGACCUGCCGAUGUGGGACACAAGAUACACAUACUUUUCAUCUUUGUAAGCACUUGGUGCACAAUUCUAAGAAGCCACCUAUGGCAUUCUGGGAAGAAAUUCACCGUAGGCGCACUAUGCCUUUAUAUCGGCAUUCUCAUCUUGGAAACCAAGACCACGGCACAGGGAACACCUCAGACGGCGAUGAUCAAGACCGUGAAACGACAAGAUUGGCGCUCAGUCAAUUCAUGAACCUGAAGCGCACCCACUCAUCCGCAGAACUCGAUCCACUGAGUCACAUCAACCCGAACAGGCAUAGACAAUGCAGAGGUUGGGCGCCUCCCUGACAAUGAGCAACCCAUAGACCUUUGGCUCAACGAAGGAUCGGAUGAGGAAGAA